AUAUUUUUUUUUUCUUUCGCUUCAACUAUAGCUAUCUAUCUGAUUAUUGUUAUUAUUAAUUUACCUAAUAACAACAUCACUGCAUACUCAUUACUCAUGUUUAACAAAACUAAAACUAACAGUCUCUCUACAAAUGUUGACAUUGCACAUCAGACACCCUAUUGCCAAGAGUACAGGACUAAAAAAUAUAUACGUCCAAUACAUCAGAAAGAUUGUAUUAUGACAUUAAUUUCAUUUUGCGCUGGAAUACACUACUCGUACAACUGGAACGUUAUUCUCACUUCAAACAUUCUGGACUACAUCCAACAGAAAGAAAACAUAAGUUCUGUGAAAGAAAUUGUGAAAUCCUAACUUAUUCUACUUAACAACCUACAAAUAUGACUGCAACAGCACAGUCUUCCACUUUUAAGCGGCCCUUUUACAACUUAGAGAACUCUGGCAUCAGUCUUUACCGUGAACUGAAGCUGAAACGACGUCGCAUCUUAGAUCUCGUUGGAUGUGACACAGAAUCUUGUGUCAGCAAUGAAAGUCGUCGCAGUAUGGGCAGCGAGAGUUCUGGUUAUGUCUCUGAUUGUGAUCAGUUCAGUGAUGCCAGUCAUGAGAAUUCCAACUCACCUUCUAUUGUACAGUCAACAGCUGAGGACAGCUACAAGUCAAAAUUUCUUGAGCAGAAUGUAGUGGCUGUGUCUGACAAAAGCAACAACAUUCUUGCUGAGAAACAAAAAUUUGAAGAAUUCACUCUGAAAGUGAAAGUAGAAGCCAACAGUAACAACAACAACAGCAAUAAUCAGAACAUUAACAAUAAUAAUGAUGAUGAUGAUAAAAAUAAUAAUAAUAAUAGUUUCCAAAAUAAGAAAAAGUGUAACACUCCUGAAAGUCAUAUGGUCAAUUAUCAGCCUGACCAGAAUCAAGACAAUGCCAGUCGGAACUGCAGUUCAGGUUCACCUCUAAGUUCUGGUGCUCUUCAAAAUCAGAACAAUGUUAUUGUGAACCAUCCAUUGCUUGUUAUGAACAAUAAUCAAGCUAAUAACUCUUUUAGUAAUGAAGAAGAAAAUGAUGAUAAUGUGAAUAGUAGUAACAAUAAUAACAAUGGCCCGGUGAAUAUGCCUUUUGGAAUAGCCUAUGUUGGUUUCCCUUCAGGCUUUGUCUUUCAACCUCAAAUUAUUAGAGAACAGAAUAUGGGAGAUAAUAUGACAACUGUGAAUAUGAUACCAGUGAUGACAACAGUGCCUAGUGGAAUCUCUUCAACACAAACUAUUUAUACGAUGCCCACACUGCUCACCAACCAACAGUUUAACAGCCCCACAAACAGCAAUAGUGGCAAUGUUGCUGAGAUCCCACACAUAAAUUUUGUUAUCGAUCCUUCGAUGCAACAACAACAACAACACCAACAACAACAACAACAACACCACCACCACCACCAACAACAACAACAACAACAACAAGCUGUAGAAUGCAAUCUGAAACAAGCAGAUACUCAGCCACAGCAACACUUUACACUGAGCUCUGGUAACUUAAAGACAAACCAGACUGUCAUUCCUCAAGGUGGCACUACUUACCAAAUCUGUCGGUAUCCCUAUAUUAACCCGAGCCAAAAGGAACAAUAUGAGCAAAACAUGGUUGACUCUAAAAAAACAUGGUUGCUUAGCAACAGCAAUAGUAGCAGUAUUAAUAGCACCACCACCAACAACAACAGCAGCAGCAACAGUGGUAAUAAUUCAGACAAUUACAUGUGUAUGACACCAGUUACUAAUGUCAACAACACUGUUAUGAAUUUUGGUGCAAAUGGCAACCAUCGUGUUAAUUGUAAUAUUGAGAUGAGCAGUAUUGGUAACAGCAACAGUGGUACCAACAGCAACUUCAACAACAGUAACACCAGCAACAACAUCAACAUCAACAAUAGCACCAAUGGAAGUAAUGGCCAGAAUACUGGGCAUCACCACCAUCACAACCACCAUCAUCAUAACCAUAAUCGGCAUGCUCCUCCCCUCAACAAUGGAGUUGGUCCAAACAAUGCUGGUCAUGCUCUAACACAAGUGAACAAAGGUUGUACACCUUCUAAUAUGUAUUUCACUAGCUCUUUGCCCUCAACUCUUGAAGAUGAUGUUUGUGUCAGUCCUGGAGAUGGCAGCAAUAUGAAGAGUCCUGAAGGUGAUAGUGACUGUGAAGAACCAAUGAUUUGUGCUAUUUGUAAUGACAGAGCUACUGGUCUUCAUUAUGGUAUCAUUACAUGUGAAGGGUGUAAAGGAUUUUUUAAGCGCACAGUGCAGAACAAACGGGUUUACACCUGUGUUGCUAGUGGCAACUGUGAGAUAAACAAGAUGCAACGUAAUCGGUGCCAAUAUUGCCGUUUCAAGAAAUGCUUACAAAUGGGAAUGGUUUUGGCUGCUGUCCGUGAAGAUAGAAUGCCCGGUGGACGUAAUUCUGGAGCUGUCUAUAACUUAUACAAGGUAAAAUACAAGAAGCACAAAAGAAAAAAGCAGACUACCAAGCUGUACAAGCAGAAAGUGGCACAGAUUAGUGUUGGCCAAGACAUGAACAUCAAAACAGAACCGGUGGACAUUAAGGACCAGAUGAAAAUACCCAUUGGUUCAACUGCAAAUGUACUUAAUGCAUCUCGUUCAGCCCUUGUUGCUCACUACAGCAGUGUGUCAUCAUUCAGUCAUCAGCAACAGCAGCAGCAUCAGCAACAACAACAACAGAAUGAGAUUCAACAGCAACAUCACCAUCAUAACCACCAUCAUUCCCCUCCCCAUCAACAACCAUCCUUACAAAACCUUGAUAUGCCACAAUAUCACACUGAACACUUAAAGACAAUCAGGCCACAGCCUCACCCUAGCAAGCCCCCUCCUUCACAAUUGUCUCCUCAUUCCCAAUCACAGCUGUCCCCAGCAUCCACUUCCCAAGUGUUAUCUCUGUUGCCAGCGUCUCCUAUGCCACACUUUGAGAGACUCAUCAAUGAACUUAUACAGUGUGAUUGUCUCUUAGACAUAGCUGAUGCCUGUAAAUUAGAUGAGUUAAUUAAUGAUGACAUUGUCUCGAACACUCUCUAUAAAAUUGGUGAUAGCAUUGUUAAUAAGCUGGUCAAAUGGACUCGACAGCUGCCAUUCUAUAGUGAAAUACCUCUACAGAUACAUCAACAGAUCUUAACUGAAAAAUGGCAUGAACUUUUGCUGUUGAUUACGACAGCUCACCGAGCUUUGAUCACUACUAAGCCAACUGCUAUGUCAUUUGGAGAUCUUUAUCGGUGGAACAUGUCAAAACUUGCACAAUAUUUGAAUAAAAAUUUUCAGAAAUAUUUCACUUUGGAGGAACUGACCAAUGAAAUUGGUGAGAUUGUUGAGAAAAUAACCCAUGUUAUGGCUGCCUUUGUCAAUAUGAAUUUAUCAAAGCAAGAAUAUGUCUGUUUACAAGUUGUGCUGUUAUUAAAUCAUAAUCAAACAAUGCCGGUGAAAGAAGUAGAGAGAGUUCAAGACAGAUAUACAUGUGCUCUACAGCAGUACAUUGCAGUUCACCAUUCUGAUGAACCAAACAGAUUUGGUGAGCUUCUGCUGCGCCUGCCAGAGAUCCAGUCUGCCUCAGCACUCUUACUUAAGAGCAAGAUGAUAUAUGUUCCUUUCCUAUUAACAUCCUAGCUGACUUUUCACUUUCUUUUGAACACAACAUCCCUUACCAUCUCCCAGCUAAACUCAACUACCUUCCUCCUCCUUAAACAUACAUCUAUACAAACACAUAUAUAAAUUUUGGUAUUAACCACUGUCAGGCUCUUUGAAGCUAAGUUAUCAAAAGUACUGAGUAAUAAUAAUGAUAAUAAUUAUAAUUAUAAAUAACAAUAAUAAUACCACAAAGAUGACUUCAUUUCAUCACUUACAAUGUUUUGUUUUUUUUUUGUUUUUUUUUUCUUUUUACCUUUUACCCUCACUAUGCCUUCAAGAAGGAACUGGAUUUUCUAACAUUCUUAAGGAAGAAGAAAGUGAAAGAAAUAAUAGUAGUUAAAAAUUGUAAAGAAAAAAGCAAAAAAAAAACGAAUGUGAAAAAAAAUAUGUACAUUGUUUUACAAACACGGGUAUGCACACAAUAAGGUA